AUGCCGCAGCAAGUGGAGCCCAGUGAUACUCCUUUCCAGCCGAAGACAGCUGUUGCUGCAAGCUUUGCGGAAAUUGAAAAGGGUGGUGUUCAAGACGAAAUUGCGGAUGCGGCAGAACUUGAACUUCAGCGCAGAGUCUUGAGGAAGACAGACUUAAAAUUGGUUCCUAUACUGCUGCUACUCAUAUUUGUCGCAUUCUUGGACCGUACCAACAUUGGCAACGCACGCAUCAUGGGCCUAGAAGCUGAACUGGGGAUGAAGGGCAGCGACUACAACAUUGCUCUGUUCGUUUUCUUCAUACCUUACGUCACUCUCGAUAUCCCUGCAAAUAUCCUCAUGAAGAAAUUGCGACCCUCGUUGUAUCUGCCGACGAUUGUGUUUUGCUGGGGCAUUGUGACGAUUGGGAUGGGAGUCACCAAAAGCUUUGCAGGUCUUGUAGUCUGCAGAACGCUGCUUGGGGUGUUUGAAGCGUGCUAUUUUCCAGGCGCCUUAUAUCUGUUGUCGAUGUAUUACACCCGCUACGAGCUUAGUACUCGAGUCAACCUCUGGUAUUCAGCAAGUGUGCUCUCAAUAGCAUUUGGUGGACUUCUUGCCUACGCAAUUGGUCACAUGGAUGGUGUCGGUGGGCACCGACCAUGGAGAUGGAUUUUCAUCCUCGAGGGGGCAUUCACUGUUCUCUCCUCAUGCAUCGCUUUCUAUGUGUUGCCGGACUGGCCAGAACAAGCCAAAUUCUUGGACAACGACGAGAGGACAGUGCUUCUUCGAAAAUUGGCCCACGAUACCAAAGAUUAUGUUGAGACAAAGUCGACCUGGGAAGUUUUCAAGGAUUGCAUGUGCGACCCAAAGCUCCUCUUCAGCUCGCUCAUGUAUCUCGGCAUCGCUCUCACUGGCGCGGCUGCCGCGUACUUUCUACCAACCAUUCUGGUGGAACUAGGCUGGACUGCGCUCAAAGCUCAAUAUAUGAGCAUUCCCAUCCACAUGUGCUCACUGAUGUUUGCAGUUCUGAGUGGGUAUUUAUCGGACCAUUUCAAAAUUCGUUCGCCCUUUGUAAUCGUCCCAAAUUUCUUUAGCCUCCUGGGCUACGGGUUACUGUUAUCACACAACUCAACAAGUGUUCGAGUUCGUUACAUGGCGCUUUUCUUUGUCACCAGUGGGUGCUUCGCAUCCAUUGGGGUGACAGUAUCAUGGCUCAAUAACAACAUUCUGGGCUCAAAAAGAAGAGGCAUUUCGACUGCAGUCCUUUUGGGGACUGGCAGUUGUGGCAGUGUUAUCGGAAGCACUGUGUACCUCAAGCGUGAAGCCCCUCGCUAUGUCACAGGAUACAGUGUGUCGAUCUCUUGCGUUGUUCUCACUCAGAUCUGCGCAGUCGGUUAUCUGACAUACGCCUGGUAUGAAAACAAGCAGAAGAGCAUUGGGGCACGAAACCAUUUGCUAGAGCUUCCGCAAGAUCAACAAGAUGCGCUUGGUGAUAAACACCCAGGUUAUCGAUACACGUAUUGA